AUGGCUUAUUUAACAAUUGAAAAUGGCUCAAAACCUUUUAAUUGUGGAGGGUCCCUGAUUCGCCCAGACGCAGUGCUCUCAGCAGCUCACUGUGUGGAUAAAAAAGGGACAGUGAGCUUCACUGUGAUUCUGGGAGCCCACAAUGUAAACAGAGAAGAACCGAGCCAGCAGAAGAUCCCUGUUGAAAAAUGGGUCAUCCAUCCUGAAUAUUCCCGUAAAGGCUUCAUAAAUGACAUUGUGCUGCUGAAGUUAUGGCCCAACACUAGCUUUCUCCCAGGGGCCAAGAUCAAUGAGUAUGUGCAAUAUAUCUCCUUUGCCAAGGAAAAUGAACAUGUGAGAGUAGGAGCCUUAUGCAGGGUGUCUGGCUGGGGCUGGACAUCUGAGAAACCACCGGGGAGUGAUGUCUUGAGGGAGGUGGAACUGAAGGUGCAAAAGGAUAAAAUCUGUCAGAAGUUUUCCAAAUACUUCCAGCCUCAGUCUAUGAUCUGUGUUGGUGAUGAAAACCGUAAAAAAUCAACUUACAAGGGUGAUUCUGGUGGCCCAUUAGUCUGCAAUAAGAAGGCUCAUUUCAUUGUUUCUCAUGGAUAUCAUGACCCCCUCUUCCCUAAGGCAUUCACCAGGAUCUCCCACUUUGAGCCGUGGAUCCAUGAGCAGCUGACAAGGUUUGCACUCUAA